GCGCGGUUGGUGAAAUCUCGUCGUGUAGUGGCAGCAAAUAAAUGUUUUUCCAGUGAAAGCUACAAGCUUUCUUAACAUUGUUCACAAUAACAAACGUUUGUAUUAAUUGUACGGCGAAGUUGAUGAUGACUUUUCGAAACAAAGGUGAGAGCCUCAACAGCUGUUUCUUGUUCAAAGGUUCUAUGGCGAAAAAGUGUUUUGUGAAAUCCUGGAACACUCAGUGAGAAACACCUUGCGUACAAAAUCACCAGUUUAUUUAGCUGUAAGUUUAAAAAAUUGAAACCUCAGAUUCGAUGUACUUUUUCCUAAGUAAACUCAAGACCUUUAGUACCUAACAUUUGCGGUUGUUUUAAGUUUUAAGUUCCUACAAAUGAGAUUAAAACAGUUCAGUUUCUUGUUGAUAACAAGCAGCUUUAGCAAUUGUAUCAGCCAUCAUUCGUCGUGAUUGCUUCAUAGUUCUGCCUGUCAUCAAUCGAGAAAAUUUGUUCAUUUUCAGGGUUCUGUAUUCGGCGAACUUUUCCAACAGCAUAGUAUUGCCACGGUGGUAGUGUGAUCGUCAGUUCUUUAAAAAUAAAGAGACGCUUAAAAGAAGGAGAUAACGCAGUGGACAAGACUGACUCGAGUUUUCAUAGCGUUUUUAUGCGGCUCACUUGCUCCUUCCUUUUUUGUAUAAUGAAGAUGGUUGUUAUUUUGCGCAAUUUUCCAGUGCGCAUGUGAGACAUUCAGUGUAAUUAAUCAUUGAAGAAGUCUUUCCACUCGUAAACAACUUCACUCUCGUUGUUACCCCACGACUCGUCACUGUCAGAGGCACAAUACGCCUGGUCUGCCUCUAACUCUCGAAGAUCUGCAAGGACUUCUUUCUCCUCUUCUCGCAGCAUACGUUCAAUCUGACAAAGGUUGAAAUAACAACAGGCGUCGCAUUAAACUUCAGAUUAUUGUAUAAUUAAGGUAAACGAAAGCAAGUGGGUUGCUAAGGUGAUAGAAAGUGGCAAUUCUUGUCUACGCGCGUCUUAUAAAGACUCAUAAAAAAGCGAUACUCACGUUCUCUCUGACUUUCCUCGCACGCUCCUCUCUCAGGUUCUUCUGCGUGUAUCGCUGAUAGUUUUGCUCCGCCUUUCUGCCCUUAGACUUAUCCAUUUUCCGUCUAAUAGCAGAUUGCAGGUCUUCUCUGGCGGCUACUUGAGCAGUAGCGAUCUUGUUUUUCUUUCGUGAGACUUUAAUCCCGGAUUGCUUCUUUAUCGCUAUCAUCUCAUUUCUGUUUCUAUCAGCGGCAGCUUGCUUUGCAGCAAUUUUCUGAGCAGUAGCUUUGGAGGCCGCCUCUGCUGGGUGCGGUCUGAUACCUCCUGCCCUACCACUGGCCCGGGCACGGAUGUUCUCUAGCUCCCUUAGUUUUCGCUCUUCUGCUGCCAGAUGUUUGGCGUUAAUCUGCUUCUUCGAUAUCUUUGGCUGUCGUUCCAACUUGUUCAGCCUCCGUGGCACCCGAGCAGUUGGGCGGACAGUUGGCCUGUACCCGACAACUACUUCAAAUGCAAUGGCGUUGGAGGUUUCACCCAUGAGCAAAGAUCGUGUAGAACUUGCAGGCUGAUAGGCGAUCGUAUUUGAACUUGAAGGCGUGCUAUCUAUUUGAGCUUCCAAGAUUUCUCUUCCGCUCUGCAUCACCCGCGUCGCUGGGUCAUUUGGGACGGUCGAUCUUUGGGCUGACAAAAUAGCUAUUGCACUGUCUAGCGCUCUUCUCUCCGGAUCUUCAUGUUUGUCAGACAAAUCUUCUGAAUUGCUACCUGUUUCUCUAACCGUGGAGCUUCCCAUCUCAGGUUCCUCUUGAAAGUUUUCUUUCCAUGCAACAUCUGGGUUGUUCACUGGACUGGGCGUCGUCUUAUCCGCCGAUUUCGUUUUACUCCCGACUGGUUUGAGCUCUUCAAGAUCUGCUUCGCUCUUUGGGGCUACUUUGUUACCGGAUUUAGAAAACUUAGAUAAAAGAGAUCCGCACAUGUUAUACGGCAAAUAGCUCUGAAAUCGCUAAAAUUCCGUACUUUCGAAAAGUUCACAGCGCGAAGCUUCCAACAAGGUUACUUGUUUGAACGAACUGUUUUGAGUUGUCGUGGUGACGGUGUUAACGCGAUAAAGGGAUCUGUUAUGACGAGGAUUAUGCACGCGCAGUGGAAUUUUCGCGGCUAUUCCUGGUGCUUUUGACUCCGUGCAUUUACUGAAGGUUAAUUAUUUUGGCACCUCAAGUAAAAGAAAAAUUGAUCGUCUGUGUUACGUGAUAAUUUGCUUCGCUAAAACAUGAAAGAGUAGCUUCUUUUAAAAACGCCAACGUUUGUCUUAGGUAGUGUGCUUGCGCGAGGAAACAUUGAUUAACUGAUCGAAGGGCGCGCUAUCUAACAGGGCCCCUUAUUUUCACGCAUACCUUCAAAUUUCUUUCUCUGUUUUCGCGCCCACCAUUUAUUUACUCUGACAUAAACAGCGAUAAUUAGUUAAAAUAUUUCUUACACAUAUUUCGUAGACCUGGUGCUGUUUUAAGCCUUCCUGUGACAUCAUUUUGCAACAGUGUGUCUUAGCCCUAUGCCCCCUUAGAGAGUUAAGCGGAUGUGUUGUUUCAAAUUCAUAUCAACUAUGUAAUAUCUUACUUACAGUAUGUCGCUAACGAUUCUUUUUUAGCUCUGUUGCUAGAAGAAUCGACCAAGAAAUCGAAACUGAACUCAGUGUUAUCUUGUUCCAGCUUUACGAAAAAAUAUUCAAUUUCCUCUUUACUAAGCUAUCAUGGUUUUAUGUGUCAUUUGUUGUCAAUAGGUAAAAGGGAGACGAAGAAGCCGGCGUCAUACGUCAUCCAACAACUCAAGCAGCGUUUCCCACAAUUCAACAGGAAAUGUAACAUCUGAGAUGUCUUUGGCCACGAAACGUACAUCAUCAAGGCUGAGAUCACGUGUUGGUUCUAAGGUACGUUGCCUGGCCUCGAUUUUGUACCUUAUCAUACUUCCCUCCAUUCCUCAGUCAUUUGUGCUAUUGUUACAUUUAUUCUCUCGUUGCCCCUCUCCAGUCAGGAGUAUAAAUGGGUACCGGCGAGUUUUAAGGGAAGUCUAAUGAAGUGGUGGAGGGUAACCUUGCGAUGGAUUGACAUCCCAUCCACGGGGGAGUGGUAAUACUCCUAUUCGCUUCAUGCUGUAGGAACCGGGGGGCUCCAGCUGAAUGGGCUCUUGGCUAGAGUAUAGACUUUACCGUAUUCCAAUCUUUAUCUGUCAGAUAACCGCUAUACCUGCGAUACCUUGAUACGCAAAGAGAGAUUUGAACUUUCUUAUCCCCUUACAACCGGUCGGAGUUCCUUCAAUUCCCAAUUAAGAUCAACAACGAUCGAAAAAUAAAUAAAUGAAAAUAUCUGUAAUGAUAAGCUAACCAGGAAGAUUAGGGAGUCAUAAAUUGGCAAGUAAAGCAGGCCAGUUACUUGGAUUUGAUUUGUGUUAACUUUAGACUUUAGUAGAUGGAAUUCUAUCCGUUUUCUUAAUUUCUCUUGGAAAUACUUGUUUUUCAUCCGUUUUGAGCGAGAAAGCAAUCACACACACCCCCCCCCCUUCCCCCUUGUUUUGAGAAAUGUUUGUAUUCCCUUGUCAAAGUUGUUCCUUAAAAGCGGAGAUAAUGUAUCAAUUUUUACUCUCUCUAGUCUAAUGAAGGUGAUAACAGCAAUUCAUCCUCACGGGUCAAGUCCCGUUUGCCAGCAACCGAUGACAGUGAACACUCGCAAAGUGAUACUAUCACUUAUGACGAUCCCGCGGGACGGAUGGAGCGUGAGAAGAUAAUGGCACAGCUCAAGAGGGGCUGCAGCCCCAGCCCUGACACCCACACGGAGGACGAGGAGGAACACAGACCGUGCAGCAAUACAAACACGGUAAGACUGAUGCAUAUUGUGCCGCAUAACGGUCAAUCAGAAGGAAAAUGAAUACCACAUUGAGCAAAUAAGAAACUUAAAGUAAUGAGUAGACGCGAGUGAACAAGGCCACGACUCGUUGGAGUUUUGCGUCCGAUUGCAUUCAGUUACAGAGCCUAUCAGAGCAAUCUUCAUAUGAGUGUCGUUAUUAAUCUGAGAUUGCGUUAGUUUUACGUAACUUUGCACUGUGAUUAAUUCAGAAAACUCACGCCAUCCCUUCAACCAAUCGUUUCGAAAUUAAAACCAGUCGUGACUUGGUGACCCUCGUUUCCCUGCGCUUCUAUUAGUUCUGAGUUCUCAUUGAUUCCAUUUGACCUUUACCUUUGUUUUGAUUGGCCGAUGUGAUCAAUUUGGUUUUUUCGGUUUUAAGGGACUCAAUCAAAAUAUGUACUUAUGCAAAACGACAUCAAUCUCACAUUAUUGUUGACAGUUGUGAAACUUGCUCUAACGAAAUGCAAAGGCAGCUGUCAGGUGUAUUCUUUCUGCCCUUUUUUGUCUUCUGGUGCUUUGCAUUCUAACUUGACACACACGACAUUGCCAAAACCAAGUGUUCAUUCCUGCAAAGCCUUUUUAUAAUCUUCCCUAAAGUACGCACAAACUCUUGUCUUAAAGGAGUCCACAGUCAUGGGGGUCACGCACACCGACGCGAACAACGCAGCUGAACGUCACGUAAGAGAAAUGAACGUAACAAUUAAGUCUGAUCCUCCCACACCUGUCACCAGUUCCACACCAGCAGCUCUGCCAAUCGGCCUACAAAUCAAAGACACCCACAAACCCCAGCCUGUGAAUCUUCUGGACACCACGGCACUUGAUCAAACACAACCACGUGCUCUGUCUACGCCCAAGUUCCAGCUGUCGGUUAUGACGCCUCAGGAGAAGAUAGAUUACUCAGCACUUAUUGAGCAGCUCGGAGGACAAGUGUUUGACACGGUUUAUUUUAAUCCUGAGUGCACGCAUGUGGUGGUUGGUAAACCAAACAGGUGAGUUACAAAACUGACUCCUUACUGUAAUACUUUUCACGGUGACCGUAAUCAAAAGAAAAAGAUGGAGAGAGAGGGACGGGGGGAGAAGGGGGGGAGAUAGGAGGAGGUAAUGAAUCUGGCCGCAUGAUGCUUAUUCGCAGUUAGCAAUUUGUUUCUUUAAAUACUUCUUUCUCCCUUUCAUGCGGAAUAGUAAACUUCCUGGGUGUUGUAGUUUGACUCCGUUGCCGUUCUCGUCUUGAAACAAUGGUGCAAAACGGAAGAUGUUCCAUCUUAUAGCUUUAGAAAGGGUUGUUACGGAAACCUCGUGUAUUAGCAGUUAUGCUGUCAAACCGAACUUUGUUGCCAUUUUGGUUUUCAGUUUUGUAACUUAAGUCACUAGUUGCUCUUCCUGUUUUGCUUCUCAGAGGUUAGUGGUAUUUGGCUAGUAACCCUCAAGCUAGACAAUCAGCGAGAGCGAAAAGCACUUUUCACCUAUGCGGUGUGAACUUGUGUAGGAUGAUUUUCCUUUCAAAAUCUCUAGGAAUGAAAAGUACCUUGCUGCAGUGGCCGCUGGGAAGUGGGUUCUGCACAAGUCGUUCUUGGAAGCCAGUCGGGAAGCUGGCUUCUUUAUUGAAGAGUCUCCCCACGAAUGGGGACAGGAAAUCCCUGGAGAACCUCACAAUAAACUUGCUGCUGCUGCUCGACGGUGGAGAGUCAAACUUCGCCAGGAAAGAGCGGUAAGGCUACAGAUAAAACGAGGAAUUCAGGGGCGAAAAACGUCUCUCUUUAUUUAAUUACAGAGGGUAAAUUUUGCAAUUGUUAUUAUUUUAUUUCUCACACGAAGCUUUUGAAAUUGCUGAUCCUUUCAGUUUGUGGAACGCGUGUCAUAUAUGAACAUAGUUAUGGCCAAGCUCAGCGUAGAGUCUCAAGGGCUCAGCAUUCACCACAAUGUUCUCCCUGUUCCCAGCAAACUCAGUGCUCAGUGUCCUGCACUUUCCCGCAUUAAGUUUAAAGCUUACUUUGGCUGCUUCCUCUGUCAAUCUCCCAAUCUUCUCACGCAAGUCAUUAAACUUGGAUGAAAGUAGUGCGAUAUCGUCCGCACAUAGCAUCGGACGACAUCUUUGAACUUUCAGCUUUUCAAAAAUUCGCUGUAGCCAUUAUCAAACUUUUUCAAUUGCUACAUUUAGUUGAAGAUAAACAACGUAGUCCUAAGAAGACCUUUUGUUCCUGGCCGUGACUAAGGUUUCCACAAUCUGAGUAGAUGUCAGUAUUGAAGGUGACGUCUGUUCCUCCCAUUUGUUAAAACGUUGGUCAUUACCAUAGAUAAAAGCCGGCCUCAGUCCCAAGACUGCUCGCACUCAGACGAUCACUUUCCACGAUCAACUGAUACUCCUCAGCGAAAAACUUUUUAUUGUAUUGUGAACAUUUCACUCUAACUCUUAGGCCGCUGCUGAAGCUGGUAAAAGUCCAUCGUCCUGCGGUGCAUUCAAUAGUUGGGUGGUUCUUCUGUGCGUGGACAAGUCACGGCAGCCAGGAUUUAAACGUCUGUUAGAAUCCGGAGGGGCUAAGGUCUCGGGAUGCAGGCCACCGUUCAAGAAUACUAGCGACUUCACGCACGCAUUUGUAGGUAAGUAUUGUGAACUGGCUGUUUACGCCAACUGAACUAAAAAUCGCUCUGACGAAGGGCUAACGCUCGAAACGUCACCUUUUGUUCUGAGCCAUUUGCUCGCAAAAGUGAACGAUUUGCCUUAAACACCUUCAUAUUUAAAGAUAAAACACUUUUAUUCCGUUGGAAAGACUAGACAAUUCUGGUUCGAAUUCCCCGCCCAAGCCAGACACGCCGGGGUGGAGGGAGUAAUAUUGAAGUUUCGAAUUGAUCGGCGCCUAACGUGUUUGCAAGAAAAUAAAAAAAAAAACUUGUCGCCGUGUUUUAUCUAUUGAAUACUCUCUAUUGUUAUUUUAUUUUAGAUUUAGCAAAAACGAAAGUGGAUUCUUCUGACCUGAACGCUCUUCAAAGGGAUAAUGUUUGGUGUUUGAAGCCAGAUUACAUCGCCGAGUAUCUAAUGCAGGAUCCACCACCUCCCCCUCAGAAGUACUUACUCUCAGAACCAGUUAUACCUGGUGAACAGGACAGAUCGGUUCCUGGGCAGUCAAGAAAGAGAAAGGGGGAUGAUCUUACUGGAGGCGAUAAAAGAGUUCGUGUUUAAUUUUAAACGAUGAAAGAUUGCAAGGCGCUCGCUUGAUCUUUUGUUAAAAGCAUUAGUACUACGAUGGCUUGGAGUAUAAAUCAGUAGAGAGUUCUCGCGUCUCCAGGAAGAAGUCAAGACUCGUCCCGAAACAGAGUUGCUAAAUUUGGAAGAAGGGGACUUUUACCAACAGAAUUUGUGAACCAAAAAGAUUCUAACCCCUCAAACCCUAAGAGUCCCCUCAAACCCUAAGAGUGACUCUUUACAGUAAUAAUGCUGUUCCAUUCAUUAAGAUCUUGAGGAUAAAGGAAAUGAUCGCCAACCUAAGAAACUUUGAUUCAGUGUUAAACAAAUUCUCUUUGUCAGUACCAAAGGAAAUGUACAGAGAAGAGUAUGGAGAAUAUGGAUACUGAUGUUAGGGUGUAAAGAGUUUAAAGGGGGUCUAUUUUAGCAGGUUUUCCUAAGGUCGUGACCUGUGUCGUUAGCAGUUCUCUUUGCUGAUGUAUUUAACGAUCGAUUUUUCCACGUUAAGUCCACUUGCUGAGGUAAUUUUUCUCAGUCCAAUGGUGUCAUAGACAUUUCAGAGUGUUCAGAACACGAUGGGAAUGUAGGCUCUGUUAUCGAUUCUUUGCACAGCCUAAUUCCCUCUCCUGCAUCGUUACUACCCACGUGAUUUGUAGGACGUGAAAAUUGACUGAUUCAAACUACUGGUGUCUUUUCGUUUUCUUUUUAGAGUAAGUGAGGUAAAUAUUUAUGACUUGAGUUAGACUCCUGUGAAAUAACCUCUAGAGAAGUCACCUUUUGGGAAGUCACUUCAUCGCAAUCCUUUGCCAUUCUUACCGUCUGUGGUAUUGUCAAACAAUGCUAAUCAAAUUAAUUGUAACUUAGAGCAUCCCCUAUCAGAAGAUUUAUUUACCUUGAAACGAUUUACGUGCUGGCGCAAAUUUAGGAAAUGGAAUGUGACUGGCUAACUGUCCAGAAGAAUGUUGCGUUUGAGUUAGCAUAUGUUGAUCUGGAGAAAGGCAACGACGUCCUUGAAAGGACAGCGCGAAGGGUGUGUUGAGUGACAUACCAUUUUGAAUUAAAUAUAUUACGCAUUUUAUUGAGUUUUAAAUGUCAAUAAAGUAAGUAUUUGAUUGUUUUGAAAAAAAACUUUGUCGUUAGUUUUUAUUCUUAAAUUCGCCUUGGAGUUUGGCCAGCGUUCCAUAGCCCCUGACUUUCUAAUUUGCGACACUCACCCAGAUUGAUAGUUGGCACUUGUGAAAAUUUGGGGUGAUUACGAAGCAACAAAGGUGUCUUUUUCCUGCCUAUUCCUUGAAUAAGAAGAAAGGAAUAGACGCCGUGCAACAGGUGGUGGCUAUUGACAACGCGCCUUCGCGUCUAAUCUUUAGUUGUCACUGUUAUUGCGUCGUUGAGCGACAUCCGGAAUACUACGGUAGAGGCAAGACUUGCCGAUUCAUUGUAAUGUCUCUGGAUAAAUACAAAUUCCACAGCAGGGCCAUCUCUUGAUGUAAGGGAAAUUUAUUUUGGAUACAAACGAAAGAAAUUACUUAUUACUUAUUACUUACUUUGUGUUGUAUAUAAUUAGUGUAAAACAGUCUGACCCAACACUCCCCUGAUUUUGUCCCACUCUCCAUACCACGUUCUUUCUGUCGUAUCCAAGAUGGCGGCUGGCAUGGCCGGUGUACGUCGCUUGCCUCUUGUUGUUAUUUUGGGUUCUACUGGGACAGGAAAAUCCAAACUAGCCAUCGAAAUAGGUAAAAGACUUGGCGGAGAAAUCAUCAGCGCUGAUUCUAUGCAAGUUUACAAGGGUCUGGACAUCAUAACGAAUAAGGUAACUGCGGAGGAACAAUCGCAGUGCCCUCACCACAUGAUCGAUUUUGUGUCACCGCUGAAGGAAUUCUCUGUGGUAGAUUUCCGAAAUAUGGCUUUACCUUUGAUCGAAGACAUUAAAAGUAGGGGUAAAAUUCCGAUAGUUGUUGGUGGCACAAACUAUUACAUAGAAUCCGUGUUGUGGGAUAUACUGAUAGAUGAAGAUAGAAACGACAAUUCCUCAAGCGGUGAAGAACUUGUUGAACCGGAGGGCCAGGGUCCUUCAAAGAAAAUAAGAAAAAGAAAGCUUCUUGAAAGCACAGGCGUUUUAGGUUCUGCUACAAAAUAUAAUGAAGCAGUAGUAUCUCCAGGAGAGGCAUCCAAAGGAUCAAGGCGUUCCGAGGAAAGACCUGAACUUCAGUUUUGUAAUGAUGCCGGAGUAAGAGGAGAAGAUGAGCACAGUUGUAAGACAAGCCUUUAUGAUAAGCUUAGGGAGGUUGAUCCGGCCAUGGCAGACAGGAUACACCCAAGUGAUUCUCGGAAAGUUGCACGUAGUCUACAGAUCUUUGAACAACAUGGAAAACCACACAGCACAAUCAUACAAGAACAGCAACAAAGACCUGGAGGAAAUGCAUAUGGUGGACCUCAGAGAUAUAAGGAUAUCUGUGUGUUUUGGCUGCAAUGCCAAAGAGACAUCCUGAAUGAGAGGUUAGAUAAAAGAGUCAGUGAAAUGCUGAAUAGAGGCUUGAUUAAAGAACUGUUGAAUUUUCAUAGAGAAUAUAACUAUGUGUUAGCAGGAAAAAAUUCUGAAGCCAAAUACACUGAGGGUAUAUUUCAGUCCAUUGGAUUUAAGGAAUUUCAUAAUUUUCUCAUCAAACAGCAAGGCAAAGAUUUUGAUGAAAGCAAUGCAUCAGUCGAGGACAAAUCACUUCUUAAAACAGGUCUUGAGAACAUGAAGACAGUCACACGAAGAUAUGCCAAAAAGCAAAUGAUGUGGGUACGAAAUCGCUUCUUGGGGAGACCAGUUAGUUCUGCACCCGAUGUAUAUGGUCUAGAUGCGACAAAUCUUGCAGAUUGGAACAAUAGUGUCCUUCAAAAUGCACUAGAAAUCCUAGAUAGAUUAAUGAAAGAUGAAAGACCAGUAAUUGAACCACUCCCAAGGGUGAUCAUUCAAGAAGAUCGACAUGCAAGACAUGUGUGUGAGAUUUGUGAAAAUCGUGUCAUUUUGGGUGAAGAGAACUGGAAGAAACACUUGCAAUCUAAAUCACAUAAAUGGCAUAUGAAAAGGAAAGAUAGGGAUAAACAGCUCAAUGCUAUCAAAGAUCUAUAA